GUCACUUUUAACAGUCUGAAAACCGUCAAUAUAGACAGAAGAGCUGCGAGCGGCUCUGGCAGCAGCAGAGGUCGAGAGCGUUUGUGACCCAUUACGCAUGGGGAGAAGACAUUAACUAAAACAAUUUUUAUUGGAAACAAAUAUUUGAGGCGCUAGUUAUACUGUCACAAUGACCGGAGGCAGUGGUGUCGAGGGAGUUUUACGAGUUUAACAAACCUGGAUUUUUUUUUUUCCUCUAUUUUUUGGACUUUGAUGAAAAAAAAAAAAACAUUAAACUUACUCCGAGAAAAUAGCGAGGCUAUUGUCCCUGAACUGUCAGUGGUGAAUUUUUAUUUUCCCAAGUUACAGCUAAGAGCGGCCAUUUAUCAGAUUAACAUCAAGACUUAAAGAAAAAAAAAGGAAGGAAGAAAAACGCCACGAAGGCUUAUUGAUUUCCGAACUAAAAAAGAAAAGUGGAUCAAGUUCAAUCUUGAUUUUAAGUCAGGUUGACUAUCUGACUUAAAAUCGAAAAGCACCUAAAACUAAGCUGAAGUGAACAGUGGAGUUACCUGGAGCAAGGAGCUGAAUGGCCUCUGUUGUAGCAGUGAAAUCUGAGAAGCGUCCUGCAGUUGAUUCUCAGGAUGCAGAGUCAAAUGCUAAAAAGCCCAGGAAAUUGCUGCCCAGCCUGAAGACCAAGCGAGCCCCCGAGCUUGUUCUGGUGAUUGGUACAGGGGUGAGCUCUGCAGUGGCUCCGCAGGUUCCUGCUCUUCGCUCUUGGAAAGGGCUUAUACAGGCCCUCCUCGACGCAGCCAAUGAUUUUGAUCUGCUGGAGGAGGAGGAGAGCCGGCGUUUCCAGAAGCACAUGCAGGAAGAUAAGAAUUUGGUGCAUGUGGCCCAUGACCUCAUUCAGAAACUUUCCCCGAGAACGGGAAAUGUUCGAUCCACGUUCUUCAAAGACUGUCUAUACGAAGUGUUUGACGACUUGGAAUGCAAGAUGGAGCACGCAGGGAAACACCUCCUGCGAUCUGUGCUGCAGUUGAUGGAGAGCGGCGCAUUGGUGCUUACCACCAACUUUGACAACCUGCUGGAGAUCUACGCAGCCCACCAGGACACCAAACUGGAGUCUUUAGACCUGACUGAUGAGAAGAAGGUGUUGGAGUGGGCUCAGGAGAAACGGAGGUUAAGUGUUCUGCAUAUUCACGGUGUUUACACUAACCCAUGUGGCAUUGUGCUGCACCCUGCUGGCUAUCAGAACGUACUGAGGAACACAGAGGUUAUGCGUGAGAUCCAGAAGCUGUAUGAGACUAAGUCUUUUGUGUUUCUCGGCUGUGGACGCACGGUGGACGACACAACCUUUCAGGCUUUGUUCCUGGAGGCGGUCAAACACAAGUCAGACCUGGAACACUUUAUGCUUGUGCGGCGGGAAGACGUGGGAGAGUUCAAGAAGCUGCGUGAUAACAUGUUGGACAAGGGCAUCAAGGUAAUCUCAUACGGCGACGAGUACGCUGACCUGCCUGAGUACUUUGAGAGGCUGGCCAACGAGAUCUGCAACCGCGACGUCUCUACCAAUGGCUGGGGAUCACCUUCACAAAACGCAGAGGAACAGCAGAAUGGCUUCAGCACACAGAAAAGCCUCCUACAGGGCUAAGAGCAGAUGCAACUCCUUGAUUCAGAGAAGAUGCCACUUUAAAUAGACAUUUUCAGAAUAACACAACUUAAACUUGGCCCAAAACUCAUUUCCUUAAUGCAUGAAAAUGAGUUUUCCAGAACGUGAUUUUCUUAAUUUUUCAAAUUCUUUGUAAGACUUUUGAAAUGUCUUUCUUUUACAGCUUGUGGUGGAUCCAGUUCACUAAGUGCUAUCCAGUCUAAUAUUUUAUUAGAUGAUGGGUGAGCUAAAAGCUGUCAGUAUUUUCCCCCAAUGCUCAUUUUAUUUCAUUUUUAAAUGAGUUGAGAUAAAUCUGUCAAUGCCAAAACCAUAAACCUCAAACCCCAAUUUCCCAACAUUUAAAUGCUGUAGAAAUCCUGGUGUUUCUACAGCUUCAUGAAAACUGAAAACCUAAAUGCUGAUGCAUUUAGCAUGCAACUAUACUCAGAUGACAGAUUGCUAUGUUCUCCCCUCAGAUUUGGCAAAACUCAUAGCUCUGCAAAUUAAAUAUGCAUUAAAAAAUGCAUCACCUUGAAGUACCUUACUGGUAUUUGCUUCAAGGCACAACAUGCGCUCCUAACUGAAAACAAGCCUUGCGUUGAUGGAUUGAAUCUGUCACGCUGAACCAAGUUACCAGAAUAAUUAAGGAAAGGGACGGAGAAUAUAACUUCUCCAGAAAUAUGACAAGUAAAUGAGACUGUGUUACAUAAAAAGGUCAGGCCCCUUUGCUUAAAACAAGUGUUCUUUGUCAGCUUUAUAUAUUUUUUAAAACCUGCAUGUGUUUCUGGUGUAGUAUUUAUAAGAACUAUUUUAAAAAUAAA